UAAACUAUUUUCACACUUCUCCUCUUCUCUCUAAACCAUCUCUCUCUCCUCCCCCUGUUAUUUCCUCUCUUUUUCCUCACUCUCUCCGCCGCCCGCCUCUCUCUUUCACUCUCUCCCAAGAUCCGCCGCCCAUCUCUAUCUCUCCACCCUCACGCCGCCUCCCUCCUCCUCUCACGUCACCGGUGGAAACCUCUAAACCAUCUCUCUCUCACUCUUUCUCCCUCUUAAAGGACCGCUUCCCUCUCCCCUCUCCUCGUCUUUCUCUGUCUCUCCUUGCUGCCGGCAAAGCAACCAUCACCGUACCUCCACUCCAUCUUGCUGUUUCCUUUCAUCGGCAAACCACCAUAGAACCACCGCCUCUCCUUCCUCUGCUCUCACUCUUCUCCUUCUCAAGACCACCGCCGCACCACCAUCCUCUCUUCUCUUCUCCGAUCUCCGUCACCUCUCUCACACCAACUUUGCCCCACCUCUAUACAGAACACCAAACUGCCACAACUCCAACCACCAGUCAGCAACAACAAGGAUGAAAAAUGUCCAUCAUAUUAAAAUUCAAAUUAAAGAAACUCUGAGAUCUGUACAGAUUCGCCCCUGGUGUGGUCUUUUCAACAUUUUUUCUUCUUCAAGAUUAUGAGAUUUGCUAUUAUUUGGAUUGCUCUUGUUUAUUCUUACACCUAUUGUGCUAACAACUAUUAAUCUUCUGUUUAGUUCUUUCAUUGACAUAUUAUUUUUUUCAACUUUUGUUAAAGUACGAUAGUGAUAACAUUAAUAUUUAAUUAUAGCUUCAUUACCAUCUUGUUAAUCUUCUAUGUAUAUCUGAGUUAAUUACAUGUUUUGCUGGUAUCAACUGAAUUGUUUUUAAAAUUAAAUGUUGGCUUUUGUUGCUACGAUGUGUCAAAUUAUUGUAGUAUGAAAUCAUCAUUCAUUAAUUUCUGCAUAUUUCUUGCUCUUAAUUGAUUCUGUAAUUGUUUUGAAUUAGAGUAAAUGGUACGCUCAGCCUAACUCUAUGUAUAGCUCAAUUUGUUAAUUGAUUACGUGAUUUUGGAAAUAAUUAUGGUAAGAUUGUUCUAUUGUUACACCUGACUUUCGAAAAUUGAUCAUAUUCUUGAUCACUGUGAUUUGUUCAAUUCUUUUCCUUUUGAUUGUGACAUCCUUAUUGAAGAUUACAAAUUUUAUUCCUAUUUAAAUUUGAAUUGAGUUUCUUAAGUAUAUAAAAUAGUAAACUUUACUGAUUAUUUCCUUUCACCCCUUUAAUUAAUGUUCUCCCUUUAUAGAUAGUAAUUAUUGUUGCUCAUCGUUGGAAUAAGUCUUCAAAAGGAAAACUUUUCCUUGAUUUAUGGGUUUGAAUAUUGGCCUACCAUGUGGUAUUAUUAUUUAGUCUAGAUUCCUUUAUUAUAUGAAUAGUACAUCUUCCUCACUUUUUGAAUAAUUUUUACACUUUAUAGGCCCUACAAAUAAGAAAAAAAACAUACAUGUUAUUACUUGAAUACUUUUCAUACAUUUGAACAUCAAUAUUUAUAGCACUUUGGCUUACUUUAAUUUCUGCCUAUAAUUGAUUAUUUUUUUAAAUUAAGUUGCAUAAAUUUCUUCUACAAGUAUUGAUAGUAGGCCCAUCUUAGCAUUAGUGUUGGGACUUUCUGGCAGUGUUAGCUAUUUUUUUUGCUUGAGCAUUUCAUCAUUUCGAAUACAUCUGACCAAAUCACAUUGUAAUUGAUUUGGUUGUUGAAAAUUUUGACCAAUUUUGUUGUUGAAAAAUCUUGGUUGAUUUUGUUUUUGAUAAUUUUGUCAUCUUCCUUUGAAAUAUUUGCUCUCUUUAUGGCUUAUUUGAGAAUAGUCUGACUAAAAUAGGGGCUCAAUCAUUUUUUUCUUGAUUUUCUUGAUUUUUUUGUUUUUCUUGAUUGUCCUUUAUCACUAUAAAAGAAGACCCCUAUCUUCAUUUACAGGGAUAGAGAAAAAAGAAAAGGGAGAUGGACAGAAAAGAAACACACACAUAAGACACAUAGAGAGCAUACAAAAAAAAGGAAGAAGACAUAAUUUCUUUUACUUUUCAUUUUCUGUUUUUGAUUUUGGCUUCACUAUUCAGAUUUUCGUUUGUUUGUUCUUCUAACUGAAGUAUCCAGGUCUGAGUUUUAACUAUCAGUGUUGGUUUUGAGCCAGCAACAGUCGUGAUCAGAGACGAGGGAUGCCAUUAAUUCUGCAUCAUCAAUGACUCAAACAUUGAGUGGAGAGCUGGCUGAUGGUCAAAGAAAGUUGCUUGCUCUUGCUGUUUCUGGAUCAAAUUCUAAAACAGCAAAUCCACUGGUUAGCUAUGUUAGUAAUGGACCGUUGCCACAUGAGAAGCUUGAUCUACCUCUUGAUCCAACCAAAGAGUUAUCUAGAUUGUUAGUGCAAUGCAAGUAUAAGGAUGCAUUCGCUUCCAAAGAGUUAUCUAGAUUGUUAGUGCAAUGCAAGUAUGAGGAUGCAUUCGCUUCAGCCUUGCAAAGAAGUGAAGUGUCUUUUGUAUCAUGGUUAUGCUCUCAGGUUGAUUUACCAGGCAUCUUGUCUAUGAAUCCUCUUCCUUUGAGUCAAGGAGUACUCCUUUCACUUCUUCAGCAGUUUGCCUAUGAUAUUAGCAAUGAGACUGCCCGAAAACUCUCCUGAAUGGAGGAAGUGCUAUCUGCCGUGAACCCGACGGACCCAAUGAUUGUAAUGCACGCGCGACCUAUCUUUGAUCAAGUAUAUCAGAUACUAAUUCAUCAUAGUAAUCUUCCUACCACAACUGCUGCCGAACUUUCAAGCAUUCGGCUGAUUAUGCGUGUUAUUAAUUCCAUGCUGAUGACCUGUAAAUGAUGUUUAUGUCAGGUGAAUAUUGAGGUUUGUACAAAUCAUAGGGAUUUGAUGAAAGAUAAGUCGAACUGUAGUCUCUAGGCCUAUGUCAACCUAUUUCUUCCUUUUUGUAUACUCAUGUUAUUUUGGUUUAUCUGUAGUAGUUUGAUUGAUUUUCAAAGAAGUUAGAGGUCCUUUUCUCAAUCGGGGAAGCAUAAAUCUGUCAGAGAUUUCCUUUGCCCGGAAUGAGCUUCUGCGUAGGUCCUUCCAUGGGUUUCUUGUGUUGUCUACUCUACCUGAAGUUCUAUACGUGUUACAUCUUACUGCGAUUUCAAGCUGCCAGGGUAAAGUUUUCAUUCUAGAACAACAUAAUUCUAAGCUUUCCAUUUUUGCAAGGCGGACCACUCACAACUUUUAAGAAGUUGGUGAUUGUGGCAUACUUCUUGUAUUAUGUCAUUUGGGAUGGAAAUGAGGUUUAGUAAGGAGUGCUUCCCUGCAUGGGGCAAUGCGGGGUAAAGGAACUUUUUGGGGCAUGAGACGUAGGGGAGCUUUAUUGAUCGGUUCCUUUCGAUUUUGAAUCUUAUCCAUCAAUUCUUAAUUUGUAAAUAUGCUAAAUAGAUAAUUGAAUCUCGAUUAAUCUGUAGCAGUUGAUGAUUCAGUUACUGGUUUAACUGAUAGUGGUUAGAAAUGUA